GAGAGCAUUUGUUUUGGCCACCGCUGAUCCCCCGGUGUUGUGUCGUGCCGUACGGGUCUUAGUGCCCUCCUCGAGAGAGAGAGGUCUCAGCGUUUGACGAGCGUUGGAAAAUCAUCAAAAAAAUUAUCAUAAAACCACUUACACAAUCACGCGUUGGAAUCACGACGAUCCGACGAAUUGUGCGUCGUCUAAAUUGACACAUUCGCUCGGAAACGGAUACCUUUAGAGGUUCGAUUCGAAGGCAUUGGUGUACGAGCAACGCCUCUUCCCUUAUUUAGUCCGUACCCGUUGAGUUCAGUGACACAGUGAUGGUGAGAUGAAGACGUCAAGAAGACGUUCCAACUUCAAAACCAACUCGACACUAAUUGGAUCCAUCUAGUGCGUGUGUGCGUGAGUGUGUGUGCUUGUGCUCUAGUGCAAGUGUGUAUAGUCCUGGCAAAUGUCCUGGCCAACUGACAAGCGAACGAUCGUGUAGCGUGUGAGUGUUCAAGGUGUGUGUGUGUGUGAGUGUUGUGUUUGAUCGCGCGACCGUGGUGACCGGGCAAGGGACCGGGAGCCAGUGGUCCCUGGUACUGAUUAUGCCGCUUUUGGUUGCUCCCAGCAGUACACAUGGAGUGGCCCUCGUAGACCACCAUCAUCACCAUCUUCUACUGCAUCGCCAUCGCUCCACCAUUCAGCAGCAGCAACAACAACAACAGCAACAACAUCAGGAGCCACAGAGUGUGGUGCAACUAGAUCAGCAACAUCAGCAACAGCAGCAGCAGAAGCAGCAGAAGCAACAUCAACAACAACAGACGACGAGUGAAGUGGCCUCCAAUCUGGCGGAACGUGCCGGUGCCGUCGAUUUUACGAUGUCCAAAUUCAAGGCAUCCUCGCGCCACUCGCUCUACCGUCAGUUCUACGGUGGCGAUGAGUCGCCACCUUACGAGAAACCGGAGGAAUCAGAUACGCCCGAACCGGAAGGACGCGAAAAACCCUUUGGAAAAGUUUGGCUCAACAACGAAGCCCAGUGGAAUUAUCCGAUUGCGCUGACCGGCGGGCCAGGUCAGCCACCCGGUCAACCAAUAGUGUCCGGAUCAUCCGGACUACCACCGCCUCCACCAGCACCUCCAACACACCUCAGCAUGGCGUCCCUUGGUGCCGGUAUACCGCCUGCGUCCACCACCAUUGGACUGCAGCAUCCUCUGAUGAGCCUGCGGGAGAUGAUGCUGCAGAGUUCGGCCGGAUUGAGUUUGCUGAACGCGGACGCCGGUGGAUUGGGACUGCUGAAGCCCUGCCAUCAAUGA